GAGUUUGCAGAAAAAAGAGAAAAUAAUUUAACCAACAUGGAACAUCGUUAAAUGUUACACACGACAAGCAGAAUUUUGUUAGUCUUCAAGAGAUCGUGCUGUCGCUUGCAACGAGUUAAAGAGACGCAGAACUGACUUGUUCGUAAAAAAUAUUCCCGUGUAUUAUGUUUGUUCACCAGUGUACCCAUUACGUCAACGCGUACCACUUGCCGAACGCUGUAAAAGGGAAACUAAAAAACAUGUCUUGCCCAUUUCUAACAAGUCUGUCUACAAAUUACAUUCGUAAUUAUGGAGCAUCUGUUAUAAUGAAUUAUCGUCAGCUUUGUCCAGUGAUGUCUCAGCUUUUCAGUACACAGGCAGAAGCUUCAGUGACUCAACAAGUGCAAGAACCUAUAAAUGGUCAAUGUCCAUUUCUUGCUAAAAAACAAAAUGCAGUGAAAGUGGCUAGUCCUAUCAUUGAAGAAGAUAUUAUCAAGGUGACAUCUUAUGAACCAAAAGGAGAACCAAACUUUCCAUAUGAAGAAUUUUUUCAUGAACAAAUCAUGAAGAAGAAGAAGGAUCACUCUUACAGAGUGUUUAAGAAAGUAAAUCGAUUAGCAGAGAACUUUCCAACUGCCAUGGAAUAUUCAUGGGGAGAAAAGCCUAUUACUGUUUGGUGUUCCAAUGAUUAUUUAGGAAUGUCGCGUCAUCCGGCAGUGACAGAUUCUGUUCGAGAAGCAUUGAAUAAAUUUGGUGCAGGAGCUGGAGGAACAAGGAACAUAUCUGGAAAUUCCAUGGCCCAUGAAAUGUUAGAGAAAAGACUUGCCUCCUUGCAUCAAAAAGAGGCCGGCUUAUUAUUCACUUCUUGUUUUGUUGCCAAUGAUUCUACUUUAUAUACUCUAGCAAAAUUGUUACCAGAAUGUCAUAUUUUCUCUGAUGCUGGCAAUCAUGCAUCCAUGAUCCAGGGUAUAAGAAACAGUGGAGUACCAAAGCACAUAUUUAGGCACAAUGAUGUACAACACCUUGAAGAACUUCUUUCAAAAGUAGAUAAAAAUGUACCAAAAAUUGUAGCAUUUGAGACAGUACAUUCUAUGACUGGUGAUAUAUGUCCUCUAGAAGAAUUAUGCAAUGUUGCACAUAAGUAUGGUGCUUUAACAUUUGUAGAUGAAGUUCAUGCUGUAGGAUUGUAUGGAUAUUCGGGUGCUGGGAUUGGAGAAAGGGAUUGGGUACUUCAUAAGAUGGAUAUUAUUUCUGGUACACUGGGGAAAGCUUUUGGUAAUGUUGGUGGUUACAUUGUUGGUACAACAAAAUUAAUAGAUAUGAUACGUAGUUACGCUGCUGGUUUUAUUUUCACAACUUCGUUACCACCGACAGUAUUAUACGGUGCUUUAACAGCUGUCGAAAUUUUAGCUUCGGAUGAAGGAAGAGCAUUAAGGACUAAUCAUCAGAAAAAUGUAGCCUAUAUGAAAUCUAUUUUGAUUUCUGCAGGUCUUCCGUUAGAGCCAUCGCCUUCUCAUAUUAUUCCGAUAAAAAUUGGCGAUCCACUGCUGUGCAGUCAGUUAGCUGAUACCUUAAUAAGGGAAAAGGGCCACUAUGUUCAGGCAAUAAAUUAUCCAACGGUUCCGAAAGGAGAGGAAAAAUUAAGACUAGCUCCAACUCCGAAACAUACUCGGACAAUGAUGGAUACAUUUAUGAAAGACAUUCUAGAUGUUUUUCAUCAUUUAAAUAUACCAACAAGCGAGAAUAAGUUAGGUGAAAUUCCACGUGCAAUUCUAACAAAUGUGAAAUAAUAAAAUGCAAAAAUUCUAUAUUAUACGAAUAUAAUUUAUUCGUGUACAAAGAUUUAUUUUAUGUAUUAAAGAUCGUUAAAAGUUAACUGGUUAUAUACAGCUUUAAAUAAAGCGUUAUUAAAUCA